AAGGUCGCUUUGUUCUCACGGCAAUUUCCUACUUUGAUACUGGGGAAAAGAAAGGAUCGAUUCUGAACUUGCUGAUUUUGUUUGUUUGGGGUGAUCUAUAAUUUUUAUUUCAUUUGUAGAAGACUGGCGGACCUAAAAGGAACCCUAGCGUUCCUUCGAUCUUCUCUGUCUGCGAUUUUAGCUGAUCGAUUUGAUUUCAAAUCUAAGAAAAAGAAGAGGAGGGGGAUUUAUUGGGUGAAGAUGCUUUGGAUUAUGCGGUUUUCUUGGUUUUUCUCUGCGGCAAUGGUGAUGAUUGUGCUUUCGCCUUCUCUGCAAUCUUUCCCUCCUGCAGAAGCCAUUCGAUCCCAUCAUCUGGAUAAGCAUCGUCGGUUGCCGUCGUAUCUCUCCAUUCCUGACCGGUUUUACUUUCGAAAAGCUGAUGUAUUCCGCAAUGCGGAUGAAUGUGGCUUCCCUGACCCGAAAAUCACAGGAGUUUGCGAUCCCAAUUUGGUUCACGUGGCUAUCACUCUCGAUGUUGAGUAUCUCCGAGGCUCAAUCGCCGCCGUUCACUCGAUCCUGCAGCAUUCGAGGUGUCCGGAGAGUAUUUUCUUCCACUUCCUCGUCUCGGAGAACAAUCUGGAAGCCCUAGUCCGGUCCACCUUCCCUCAAUUGAAGUUCAAGGUGUACUAUUUCGAUCCGGAGAAGGUGCAGAAUCUGAUCUCCAGUUCCGUUAGGCAAGCGCUUGAACAGCCGCUAAAUUAUGCCAGGAAUUACUUGGCUGAUUUACUGGAACCGUGUGUGGGCAGAGUAAUUUACUUAGACUCCGAUCUGGUUGUGGUGGACGAUAUCACGAAGCUGUGGAAAACGAGCUUGGGUUCUAGAACAAUCGGAGCUCCGGAAUACUGCCACGCCAACUUCACCAAGUAUUUCACGGCGAGGUUCUGGUCGGACGAGAAACUUUCCGGCACAUUCAGGGGCAGAAAGCCGUGCUAUUUCAAUACCGGAGUGAUGGUGAUAGAUCUGGCGAAAUGGAGGCGGUUUGGGUACACAAAACGAAUCGAGAGGUGGAUGGAGAUCCAGAAGAGCGAUCGGAUCUACGAGCUAGGGUCGCUGCCGCCGUUCCUGCUAGUUUUUGCCGGACACGUGGCGCCGAUCGAGCACAGGUGGAACCAGCACGGGCUGGGCGGUGACAAUGUAAAGGGCAGCUGUCGUGACCUCCACCCCGGUCCGAUUAGCCUCCUGCAUUGGUCCGGCAGCGGCAAGCCCUGGCUCCGGCUCGACUCGAAGCGGCCGUGCCCGCUGGACGCAUUGUGGGCUCCUUACGACCUGUACGGACACUCACACUGAACCGCAGGGGCAAUCACCGGUAAAUUCCGCCCAGGACUUUUUUUUUUUGGUCACUUAUUUUUGUUAAUUUUAUUUUUCAUUUUGCCAUUAUUUCAUGUCUUCGUCUUUUCUACAUCUACUCUUUUUUCUUUUCUCUUUUUUUUUUUUUUUACUUAAAUUAUCAUCAGCACAUUUCUCAGGCGAUUGUAUUCUAUUCUUCUAUUUUUCCUGCCUCUGAAAAUAAAAAAUAGGGAGAAAAAAAAAACCAGAAAUUCAAAUUUCAGAAUUUCUAUCUACUUUUCGUAUUUUCAUUUUGAGAUUUUUGGUUUUAGGCGUAACAGAUGGGGCAGCGAAGUUAUUAUCAUCUCCACGUGGCCGUAGUGGCAUUUAAGUGGAAAUUAAAAAAAUAUAAUCAAAUUGCACUUUUUAAAAUAUUGUUGCAUUGGAAGCAACUGAAAACAUAAAUUAGAUUAAUGGCGUUAUGGUUUGUGUCGGUGGACUUUGUUUGUUUCUUCAGUAUUACCUCUUCUGCCCUUAUACAGCGUUGGUUUCCCUCAAAUACCCCUGGAGCAGAAUUAGCAGAAAAAAGGGAAUUUCCGUAUAUGAGAACAUUUUAGAUGUUAGUUUGUUGUCCAUUUGGGACGGAAUGGUGCCGUUUGUGGUGGCGGGUGGCCGGCUUGAGGUUCAAUUUAGGCAAAGUGGCAGCGGCGGUGGACUUGUGAACCACCCCACUACGUCUUUAUUUACAACUGAAGUAUGCUUCGGUUUCUCUCUUUAGCUUUUUUUGAUAAUUUUGUAGUGUUUGUUUUACAAAGGGAGUGGGAUUAUAAUAAUUUAUCCAGGGAAAA